AUGAAAAAAAGCAUUAUGAUUUUCUCAUUUAUUAAAAUUGUUCUACUUAUCUUUUUAACGUGGAUACCUCAUUUAAGUGAUCAUGUUAUUACGUUUAACAAAUACCUAGGCAAAAAGUACAUGCUUGCUAUAAAAUUAGACGACAGAAUAUAUCGAUUACUAGCAAAAUAUAAAAAGGAUAAGGAUUCAAAAGUAUUGUUAAGAGACGAUAUAUCAAAUAAUGGAAUGGACCAAAAAAAGGACAUAUCUAAUACUGAAAAGGAGUGCACAGAAAAAAAGAAAGAAUUAUAUAGAGGUUCAUUAAAUAAUUAUGGUAGACACAAACAAGAUAUGAACAAUAAAUAUUCUAAAUUUGUGACAAAAAAAUACAGUUAUCUUGAAAAAAAAAUAUUCAAAGAGCUGGAUUUUGUAGAUUUUCUUAAAAGCAACAAGAAUAUUAGUGAUAAGACUUACAAAAAAAUAAUGCGUAAAAAAUUCUCAUUACGAUUAGGAUCACCUUUAUUAUUGUUUUUGUUGUUAUCAACUAUACUUAUAGUAGAUAUAUCUCUGCGUUUAUCAUCUGAGGGAAAUGGAUUUUGGAAUCUAUCAGGAUUGGGAACGAUUUUAAAAGAAUAUGAGGACAAAUUGAAGCCUUAUCUUGAAUGGUUAUCAAAACCCCUAUUGACUUCAGCAGAUAGCGCUUCCAUUAGUGUACUAGGACCAUUAUUUAGUGUUAUAUUAUUUGUUAUACCCUUUUUAAUAUUAGGUGUCACACUUAUAUCGUACAUUUUAUAUUACCAUAGAAAAGCUAAAAAAUAUGACAAAAUUAAGUUCAGUAAAAAGUGA